GAGUUCAGAGCGGACCACAGCCGGUGUGUUGCACUUUGUGUUUCCGUCCAUUUCUAUUAAGUUGAAGAGGAGUGUUUACUGGAGGUCUGUGGCGGUGUAUGUGGAGGUGUGGAGGAGAUGGUUCCUUCAGCAGGAUGAACUGGAGGAAAGUCGUGUCCAGGUUCGUCUCCUGUUGUCUGUUACUGGCCCUGUCUGUCUCUGCAGAGGUCUCUGAGGAUGGAUUCUUGAAUACUCUGCAGAGUGCAGCUCUCCUCUCUUGUUCAGAGGGCUUUACAGAGCUGGGCUACUACAAUGGCACAGUUUCUCACACAGAUUCAGGCUCCCCCUGCCUUAAGUGGACUGACUUUCCAGACUAUAUGCAGCAGUACCCAGGCAGAGGACUAGGGGAUCACAACUUCUGCCGAAACCCAGACAGAGAGGCCAACCCCUGGUGCUUCUUCAGGCAGAGCUCUGGUGCCAUUGGCUGGGCCUACUGCGACUGCCACCAGGGUGCAGCCAGAUUGGUAGGGGGCCCAUCAAGCAAUAGCGGGCGUCUGGAGGUGUACCUGAAUGGCCAGUGGGGGGCAGUAUGUGACACACACUGGACUGACCGUGAUGCCAGUGUCAUAUGCAGACAGCUUGGACUGGGUGAGAUAGGUACAGCCCUGCAGCAUUCUUACUUCGGUCCUGGUUCCAUUUUCCACUAUGAGUGUCUGGGUUGCCGUGGUAAUGAGAAUUCCCUGCUGGAGUGCCGGAAUAGGAAAUUUAUAACUGGUGACUGUAACCAUGGGAACGAAGCAGGGCUAAUUUGUGCUGAACCUGAAGGCACUGGAAUCCCUGUAAGAUUGGUGGGAGGCCUUGAGAACUUUGAGGGCCGUGUUGAGGUGUACCAUAAUGGCAGGUGGGGAACCAUUUGUGAUGACCAGUGGGAUGACACUAAUGCUGAGGUGGUGUGCCGACAGUUGGGCCUAGGAGGUGUGGCCAAGGCAUGGACAUGGGCCCACUUUGGCCAGGGUUCUGGUCCUAUCUUCUUGGAUGGGAUUCGGUGUACAGGCAAUGAGCUCUCUCUGGAGGAGUGUCCUCAUAACAACUGGGGGCAACACAACUGUGACCACAUGGAAGACGCUGGGGUCUCCUGCAACCCAUACACAGAUGGUGCAGUUCGUCUGGUGGGGGCCGACAGUCCCUGGCAGGGCCGUGUGGAGAUUUACCACCAGGGCGAAUGGGGCACUGUGUGUGAUGACAACUGGACCAAGCUCAACGCCCAGGUAGUGUGUAGACAGCUGGGCUUCAGGGGCCGAGCAGAAGUGGCUCCUGAUGGGGUUUAUGAAGAAGGUCAAGGACUGAUCAUGCUGGAUGAGGUACAGUGUCUGGGAACAGAGGCUUCUCUACUGGCCUGCACUCAUUCUGAGUGGCGUCAACAUGACUGCUCCCACAGUGAGGAUGUAGGUGUCCGCUGUGACAGGGACGGUGAUACCAAUGAGAUACCACGCCUUUUGCCUCCUAUUGGACCUCUGGUGCGUUUGGUUGCUGGAGAGAGCAGGAAGGAGGGCAGAGUGGAGGUUUUCAUUAAUGGCCAGUGGGGAAGCGUAUGUGAUGAUGGCUGGAAUGAUGUAAAUGCAGCUGUAGUGUGCCAACAGCUGGGAUUCACUGGUGUGGCUAAAGCUCGGUCCAUGGCGUACUUUGGUGAGGGUCAAGGUCCCAUUCAUCUGGACAAUGUUCGCUGCUCUGGUAAUGAAUCGUCUUUAGGCCAGUGUGCCGCUGCUAUGGGUAAAGAUGGCCAUGAUUGUCGGCACAGUGAGGAUGCUGGUGUUAUCUGUGAUUACACACUGGAUCCUAUGGGAGACAGCAUCCUGGCAAUGCAUACCUGUGGCCUGAGACUCAACAACCAGCGCCGUCGACGUAGGAUCAUAGGAGGAGAUAAGUCACUGAGGGGAGAGUGGCCCUGGCAGGUGUCUUUGUGGCUCAGGUCUCAGUCUAGAGGUAAUCAUCCUCUGUGUGGAGCGUCCCUCAUCAACCCCUGCUGGGUAGUGACUGCUGCCCACUGCUUCAAGAGGUUUGGCAAAGACCCAACUCGCUAUGUGUUGCGCCUGGGUGACUAUCACACUGAGGAGCAGGACGACUUUGAACGUACCUUGUCCCCUGAACGCAUCGUUAUCCACAGAAAGUACCACAGUCAGGGGUGGGAGUACGACAUCGCCCUACUGAGGCUCAAAGGCACAGAGGGUAACUGUGUGGCAUUCAACCCUCACACUGGAGCAGUGUGUCUGCCAGAGUCAGGCAACAAGUGGGAGAAGAGGCCUGCUGCCUGUGUGAUCACUGGCUGGGGCAUCACAGACUCAGAGUACUCCCGCACUCUGCUACAAGCUUGGGUUCCCCUGCUUCCUGCUUGGAAAUGUAAGAAGCGAUAUGGCGGUCGUUUCACCAGCCGCAUGCUGUGUGCCGGGAGCCUAUCAGAGCACAACCGUGUGGACAGUUGUCAGGGUGACAGCGGGGGUCCUCUGGUUUGCCAGGGGGAGGGGGGCCGAUGGGAACUGACAGGAGUCAUCUCCUGGGGUCAUGGCUGUGGUAACCCGUCUUUCCCUGGAGUGUACACACGGGUUAGCAGGUUCCUGCGAUGGAUUGACAAAGUCAUCAACAAACCCUACAAAAACUGAUGAUGGAGAAGAACACUAGCAGGAACAGUAGCAGUUGGUGUUUGCCUACUGUCCUUUGUGUCUGUGUCCUGCUUCCUGGACUACACCAAGAAUUCAGUCUUCUGUUUCUUUAUCCCCAUCACUUCAAAAAGCAUGUAAUUGGCAUUAUAUUGUAUAUUAUGUGCAUGA